UGGUUGCAACUCUGGCUCCGACUCCGGUAGUAACUUUAUCCUUUGCCCAUCCCGAUAUACAGAUUUGAGAAAACUAUUAGGAAAGUCCGUUUUUAUCACAUAAAUGGAAGUUGCGAAUUAUAUGCCACAGAGUUAGAUAAAUAGAAUGUAUUGCAGAGGUUGUGUCAGAAAGUAAGGAAUUUUUGGUAGUAAUUUUUUAAUCAGGUAAAUUCGUAGUCUGCAUGUAAAUUACCUGUCCCAAACAAUUUCUUUAAUUUUGAUACCCUAUUCCAUAAUUUUAAUUGAAAAAGUAUACCCUACCCUGAUCCACAGCACAACCUGUCAAGUAUGGGGGUUCCUCCGGUGGAAUAGAUACAGAACCAUUGUGAAAUAUGAUAUCGAUGAUACUUUGUUCACGUCUCAGAAACCAUAUUAACUCAUCUUAUGUUGUGUCACAACAAAGUCUUUGCCGGGGAACAGAUCUUGCGAAGAGACAGACAUGUCGCUUCAUAGCGUUUCCGUCAAUGGAAAAUACAUUUUGAUUACAGCUCUGCUUUUGAGCUCCCUUGUCAUUGGUUGUUUAAUUGGAUACGCAAUAAAAACUCGCUCGACAGAAAAAGAUAGAAUUUACACAUCAAGCAAUGCUGAAGAAAAGGAGACUACGAGAUUUCAGCAACACAAGGAAGUGAUCGAUGAAAUGGAUGCAAAGAAUAUCGAAAAGGAUACCAAGUAUUUGUCAAAUUCCCCUCGAAUGUCAGGUUCGCGCAAUGCAGACGUAAUAACUGAUUAUGUGGCCACCAAGUGGCGUAAUUUUGGUUUGGAGACUGUUAAAAUUCAUAAAUACGAUGUGCUUCUAUCGUAUCCAGAAAAUCCUGCACAAAUAACCUCAAUCGCAGUUAAUGGAACGGUCUUCAACUUCACAAUCAGGAAUCCUGCAACAGGUAGCAAAGCAAAUGGUAUUGUGUCCCCAUUUCAUGCUUAUUCGCCCUCCGGAAAUGUAAGUGGGUAUCUUGUCUAUGCAAAUUAUGGAACAGAACAAGACUUCAAGGAACUAAAUGACAAUGGAGUGAGUGUGACAGGAAAAAUUGUCAUAAUGAGACACGGGUUUCCUUAUCGGGGCCAACAAGUAGAUUAUGCGAGCUUAAAUGGGGCGGUGGGGGUCAUCUUAUUCUCUGACCCUAUGGAGAUGAACCCAAAUGGAAAUGAUGCUAUGUACCCAAACGGAUGGGAGUUACCUGAUUCUGGUAUUCAAAUUGGAACAGUACUAGAAACAACAGGCGACCCACUUACUAGAGGCUAUCCUUCAAAGCAAGAUUUCUACCGACUAAAUGUCUCCAAGGCUUCACCACUCCCAAGUAUUCCCUCACAACCGGUUGCAUUUAAAGACGCCAAGGUUCUUCUGCAAGCAAUGGAUGGAAAAGACGCAUCAAAACACUUCCAAGGCGCUGGUGGAUUUACAUACAAGCUAAAUUCUUCACUUUUAAUUAGGAUGAACAUUCAAAAUAAGCUGGAGGUGAAAACUCUGAGCGUUAUAUCUGGUGUGAUUUAUGGAAAUGUUGAGCCAGAUAGAUAUGUUUUGAUUGGAAGCCACCGUGACAGUUGGGCGUAUGGCGCGUCAGACGCAUCUGGUGCGCAAGCUACUCUCGUGGAAAUUGCGCGAUGUUUGGGAAAAGCAAGGCUAUCUGGUUGGCGACCGCGUAGAAGUAUCAUGUUUUUGAGCUGGGACGGGCACGAGCAUGGGAUGCAUGGUUCCACAGAAUGGGUAGAAGAGCACGCCUCUAUGUUACAGGAACAAGCUGUGGCCUAUUUGAAUAUAGAUGUUGCUGUUGAAGGAAAUUACACGAUCGAUUUAAGAUCUACACCAGAACUUAAUGAUGUUCUUUUUGAUGAAACAAAGACCCUUACUGAACCUGUAUCGAAAAUAAAUUUGUACGAGGACUGGAUUCGAAAAAGCCCAAGUCCAUCUGAAAAAAAUGAACCAAGAACAAUUGUUCUUAUUACUGGAAGUGACUAUAAACCAUUUUACCACACCAUCGGUGUCUCAUCUGUCGAUUUAAAGUAUACAUAUGCAAAGACAAGAGGAACAAGGUAUCCACUUGGAAAUCCAAUGUACCAUUCAACGUUCGAUACAUUUGAUUGGCUCAAAAAGUUUAUAGAUCCAGAUUUCGGUUACCAUCUUUUGAUUGGAAAGUUGUGGAUGAAAACAACUUUGAAUCUGGCUGAUUCGACGAUUCUGCGAUUCAACCUCACCAGAGCGGCUAAUGCAAUUUACAAUUAUGCAGUUGCAUUUAAAAAUCGCCAUGAUGGCUAUAUUAGCCCACAAAACAUAUCAUGUGACUUAUUGGUUAAUUCUGCAUGGAACUUGACAUUGGCAGCUAAGGAUUUUGAUGCAAGAGUCAAGAAGGUAAACAAAAAUGAAGAUAUGAAAGUUCGAAUGGUGAACGAUCGCCUGCAGAAUUUCCAAAGACAGCUUAUCCACCAGACUGGGACCAUGGGAAGGGAUGACCUAAAAAAUGUCGUUUAUUCAACAAGGUGGGAUCUGUUGACAACUAGAACAAAAUUUACUGCUAUUUCUGAGGCUAUCUUCAGAGCAGUGAAUGGCAUUGAUAAGGACUGGGACCAAGUAAAGAGGCAAUUGAUGAUUGCCACAAAUCGUCUUCAAGCGGCCUCACAGUCGUAUAAAACAUCCCAAAUCUGACUAUAUUGAAAAUGUCUUUUUUUGAAAGAACCCUUAUUGAACAAGCCCGUAUGUGGAAAAGACUGAGCUCCGUUUAAGGUUACGGUAAACGUUUUAGACACGAUAUUUGGUUUUCUCUCUCUAAAAGCCAAACUAUUAACGGAAUAAGAUUAAGCUAUACACCAUUCAAAGCGCAAGAAUGUGGUGAUUCCAACCAUACCAAAAUAAUUGGCAAAUAUUGUAAAACAAUGCUUUCCAAGAAAUCGAUUGCUUAAACUAGUGUACCACCUUCAAAUGCUAUUAUGUACCCUUGCAUUUGAGAUAUCAAAAUCUGAUUUAUAUCAGCAAAAAGCGCAGAUCCUAAGCUACCUAAGUAUGCCUCAGAUUUUUCAAAUUCCUCCUCCUCUUGAAACUACACCCUGUCAAAAACUGGCAAACAAUUCCCUCUCAUAGCUGUAUUUGGCUAUAAAGGACAGACCAGAGGAAAUACAAAAAUUUUAAGACACUAUUUGCUUACCAGACAUCUGUCCUGGCCGUGUGCAAAUUUUUGAGCCAUUAGAAUGGUUCCUUGGGUACAAAAUAGCUUUUUCGUACCUUUAUGUAGCGGAAUUGUAAGUCCGGAGAAAACGGGAUUUUACUGAUCGCACUUGCAAGGUACACUCGUGCAUAGUGUAAUGCGGGUCAAGUCACUUGAAGCUUUAAGAUCAAUAAGUCUGCUUAAAAAACACAGCCGUACAUGGGAUAGAUGGAUGUGCCAUGCGACAUUGUAAAUUAGACAUGCGACCACAACCGCAAAGCAACGAUAAUCGGUUUAACAGGCCAAGGGAUUUUAAGACCUCAACUAAAAGUUUUGAUAAAGAAAUUAUGGAAACCUUCGUUUCCAUGGGAUUUUUUCCAAUUUCAAAAUUUCGGUUAAUUUCAUUGUGUGCCUUGAAAUUAUGGCUACUUGAGUGUGAAAUAAUCGAAAAUGGAUGUUUUCUUCCAGAAAACGUUUACCGUAAUCUUAAAAAAACAACAGUAUUGAAGUUACCGAUAACAAUUUUGAAUAUGUGCGUCUAGUGUAUCAAAAUAAUGAUUUACAAUCGAGUCAACAGCAAUUUAAUUUAUUGUAUGAAACAAUGUCCCGAAUGUCUAUUUUAGAUUGCUAAUUAAAAUCUAUAGUUAGUGUUGAAUGUUUGAUAAAUCUUUAACAAGAAAGUUGAUAAAUCUCCCAAUAUAUUGACUUGGUAAAAGCAAUACACUCAAAUUUAGAAGAGAAUGGGUGAUUCUCAAAAUUUCCCGCGUGAAAUCAGGCUCUGUUGCUCUGUUAAUUUCUGUUGCAAGUUGCUUUAAAUUCCUUGUAUGGAUGGUAACCGUAUUGUCUUAGAGCAGUAGUUGUUCAAAACUAGAUGAAAAUUCGUUAUAGGCUAUUUGCAAUGCUCUUUCAUUAAGGUUGUGAAAAAGUUUAUUGUUUUCCUAUUAUAAUACAUCCAUAACAAGGAACAAUAGUUGAAGAAUGUCAAAAAAAUUGUUCAUUAAAAGUUUUCUUUUAUCUUUGUUUAAAUAAGGUGCUAUAAUUGCAAAUGCAUUUAUCUUUUUUCCUGCUUCUUUACACAUAAUUUUGAUAUGGUAAUCAAAUGUUGAUUGGUUGUCUAUUGUUGCGUCCAAUAAUUUCACUUUGUCUUCUUCUUUUACUAUUUGCCUGUUUGCACAAAUGCUACAUUUUUCAACAUCGUUUGGUAUUGCUGAAAUCAUCAUAAGUUUGCAUUUGUCUCCACUGAGCUGCAUAGCAUUGUCUAUAAAACAUGUAAACCAUUGGUUUAUGACAUUCAUUUCUUGACCUAGUUUAGCUGAUAUGUCUUCCUUAUAAGUACCUUCAAACCAUAUGGUAUUAUCAUCAGCAUAGUUGCAUAUUUUGCUGUGAUCUAGGUUUAUGAACAUGUCGUUAAUGGAAAUGCUUAGAAGAAGGGGACCAAGGACAGAGCCUUGGGGAACACCUAUUUUUUCUUUUCUUUCGCUAAAGUUAGCAUUAAUUUUUACCAGUUGAAAUCACCUUUGCAGGUAGUCUUGGAUUAAUAAUAACGCAUCUCUACUAAGUCCAUAAGCUUCAAAUUUUGCUAGUAAGAUUUUAUGUGAGAAACACUCAAGUGAUUUGGAGAGACACAUAAGGACAGUGCCCACAAUUUUCUUACUACACUUCCUCCACGAAAGUACCUGGACAGUUCGAAGAUCGAUUUCGCUUUCAGACAAAACAAAUUUAGGCUGGCGAACACGACUUUUUAACUUAGUGAUAAUAAUUUUUUGAGAAACCCUUCCAAAAUAAAGCGCUACAAUCCUUACGCAAUCAACCUAUUUUUAAUUAUUUAUUAUUCAUUUUUUUUAAAUUCUUUAUACACAAAAUCCCCUGAUGUCUGUCCGUUUAUUUAACUGAUGUCAAAUAAAUGGAGAACAGCAAAGUUAGUUGACUUUGACUCAGUUGAAAUGGGCCCACAAAACAUAGUAAUUUUUUACAAACUGAUUCUCGAGACACAAAUAUUUUCGAAUUUAUUUUCUAUAAACUAUAAACUGAUUUUCAUUGAUGAAGAAAACGGUGAAGAAUAUUAUCUUUUAGCUUCUGUUUUUCUUUCUUUACUGGAAAACAGCAUAAAGCGUUUGGAGCCCUUUUAGAAUACACGUCUAGCAGCUUCAUUUAGAACACAUUCUAGUUGCAUUUUCCUUGAAAAAUGUUUGAAAAAUGCAGUUUGGUAGGUUUCCUUCCAACAAGAUAAAAUUUUAAAAGUUCAUAGGCCCCCAAAAAUAGGAACCGGUUUUAAAAUGACCAAAUUCACUGAUAUAGAGCUAAUUA